AUUGGAAGGGAAGAAAAGGGGGACCAGAACAGAAUCCACAUAGCAGAGAAGUCAUAUAAAUAUUCAGAGUGUGGAGAGAACAUCCGUCAGAGCUCCCAGUCCACCUCCCAUCAAAGAAAGAGCUUCGUUAGGAGGGAUAGCUUCACUUCACACGAAAGAACAAAGAGUAGGGAGAAAUUGUAUCAGUGCAGAGAAUGUGGAAAGAGCUUCAGUCAGAGCUCCCAUCUCACUUCCCAUCAUAGAAUUCAUACAGGAGAGAAACCCUAUCAGUGCUUCGAAUGUGGAAAGAGCUUCAAGGAGGGGACAACGCUCUCUUCCCAUCAAAGAAUUCAUACAGGAGAGAAACCCUAUAACUGCAUGGAAUGUGGAAAGAGCUUUAGUUGCAGCCACCAUCUGACUUCCCAUCAAAGAAUUCAUACGGGGGAGAAACCCUAUCAUUGCUUGCAGUGUGGAAAGAGCUUCAGGCGGAAGCAUCAUCUCACUCCCCACCAAAGAAUUCAUACGGGGGAGAAACCCUAUCAGUGCUUGGAAUGUGGGAAGAGCUUCAGAAAAAGUUCCCAUCUCACUUCCCAUCAAAAAAUUCAUACAGGGGAGAAAUUGUAUCAGUGCUUUGAAUGUGGGAAGAGCUUCAGUCAAAGUGCAUCUCUCACUUCCCAUCAUAGAAUUCAUACAGGGGAGAAACCCUAUCAGUGCUUCGAAUGUGGAAAGAGCUUC